AUGGCACCGGCUCUACUAUUCGAUGGGAGCGGCACUCCUAGUCCAGCAUCCGAGAGCAGCAUCUCAUUAUCAAGUAUGGACGAAGUCCCUGCACUUACUACUUCUCGGGAUCGCCGAAACCGCCGAAACCGCAAUGGCCCUCGCAGUCCUUUACUCAAACGCAGUGCGAGGGGCCCUCCCCUAUUUCUCGAAGGGGCCAAGGGCAACUGGCUGUCAGUCUCAGAUGGCAAGGCGGCAUGGAGGAUUUUUGACGCUUCUGGAGGUGCUGCUGUAUCGAACAUUGGUCACAAAGACCAAAGAGUGUAUGAAGCUAUAAGACAGCAAGAAGAAACUGGUGUUGGGUACGCCGCGUCCAUGAGUUUCCAAACUGAUGUAGUGGAGGAUUUUGCAGAUUUUCUUCUUGAAUCAACCGAUGAUAAGAUGACUGAGGUGGUUUUCUAUGGGUCUGGUUCCGAGGCUAAUGAGGCAGCUCAAAAGCUAGCCUACCAAUAUCACUCCAAAUCGAAAGACAAUCCGCAACCUCAACGCCGGUGGUUCAUUGCCCGCGAUCGAUCCUACCACGGAGCGACGCUUGGUGCUCUUGAGGUCAGUGGGCACAAAGGCCGCAAGGAGAUGUACAGACCUAUACUACCCGAGAAGACCCAAUUCGUAUCUCCUUGCAAUCCUUGCCGCGAUAUGAUCAAGGGAGAAACGACAGCUCAGUAUGUUAAACGACUUGAAGAUGAGUUGGAGCGCAAGAUCCUUGAUCUUGGCCCUGAAACAGUAGCCGGCUUCGUUAUGGAGCCUGUCGUGGGCGCGGCACUUGGAUGCGUUCCCGCAUUACCCGGCUACCUUACGGCCAUGAAGAGUGUAUGCAAGAAGUACGGGGUGCUUUUCGUUUUGGACGAGGUUAUGAGUGGCAUGGGCCGCACCGGCUAUAUGCAUGCCUGGCAAGAUGAGGACGUCGUCCCAGAUAUCCAAUUGGUAGGCAAGGGCCUUGCAGGCGGUUACGCAGCCAUAUCUGCCAUGCUCGUGGGACCAGUGAUAACGGAUGCCCUUGGAGAAUCCGCCUUCGCUCACGGUCAUACCUUCCAGAACUUCCCUGCGGCAUGCGCUGCUGGUCUUGCAGUACAACAAAUCGUUCGAGACGACAAGCUCUUGGAUAAUGUCAAGGACAAGGGGGAGAAGCUGAUGAAGAAUUUGGUGGCUCGUUUAAGUGAUCAUCCCAAUGUCUUCGACAUCCGGGGUAAAGGUCUGUUUCUCGGGAUUGAGUUUGUGCAAGAUAAGGCGACCAAAGUGCCAUUCGAUCCCGAAGUGGCAGUAGCCUGGAGGGUCCAUGAGCUGGGUAUUUUCGUCCUACUCUCACGAGUAUUUCGUCUACUGACUAUUACACCAGGGCUGAAGGAUGGAUACAACGUCUAUGUAUAUCCAGGGUCCGGUACGUUUGACGGCACCCGUGGAGAUCAUGUCAUCAUCGCUCCUGCAUACAACAUCACGGAUAGCGACGUCGAAUUUAUCGUCGACCGUGUCUGCAAGACAGUUGUUGACUUCUUCGCGGAACUCAGUGUGGCCCCAAAGUUGUGA